AUGACCAUCAGCAUCCAGAUCAACAUGGCCACCCUCAAUCCCUUGUCCUGGGUCACCUGGCUGGCCGAGAAUGAAGACAAAUUACGACCCCCGGUCAACAACUACUGUCUGUAUCAGGGGAACGACUUUAUCCUGAUGGCAGUGGGAGGGCCGAACGAGCGCAAUGACUAUCAUGUGAAUGAAACCGAAGUACGUUUGCAGUGGCAUCAGCCGAGCGAGACUAAUGAGCAGGAAUGGUUCUACCAAGUCCAAGGCGACAUGCUUCUCCGAGUUAUCGAGAACGACACAUUCCGCGACAUUCCUAUCAAAGAGGGCGAGAUGUUCCUUCUUCCAGGUACGUAUUCCGAAUUCCAGUCGAUCAAGCUAACACUUCUAGGAAACACACCCCACAACCCAGUCCGAUACAAGGAUACCAUCGGUCUAGUCAUGGAACGACAGCGGCCAGCAGAAUCUCGCGAUCGCCUGCGAUGGUACUGUACCAAGGGAAAUCAUUGUUCGCCGACGAUCAUCCGCGAGGAGGUCUUUCACUGCGCAGACCUUGGCUCACAACUGAAGCCAAUCAUUGAGCGGUGGCAGCAGGAUGAGGAGAGCCGAAGAUGCGGGGAAUGUGGUUGUAUUGCAGAUCCCAAGUGA